AUGGACGUCAAAAUGGCGCCAGCCAUCUCGAUGGAAUCCAUCAACAGCAUAGGAACGGACUCGAACUCGUCGCAGGUCCGUACACUCUUCAUCUCGGGGCUGCCGAUGGAUGCCAAGCCACGAGAGCUUUAUCUCCUUUUCCGGGCCUACCGCGGCUAUGAAGGCUCGCUUCUCAAGAUGACCGUCAAGAACGGCAAACCGACGUCACCUGUUGGCUUCGUCACUUUCAUUUCUCGACAAGACGCCGACGAAGCACGCAAAGCACUGCAAGGCGUCCGUUUCGACCCUGAAUGCUCGCAGGUCCUGAGACUGGAACUGGCCAAGUCGAAUACCAAAGUCUCACGGCCCAAGCAGUCACCACCACCUUCUCAGCACCAUCAGACGUCGGCAGCGGCGGCCGCAGCUGCUGUCGCUGCUGCCAGCAAUCCACUGCAGUCAGUACCUCAGUUCCUGGCGCCUAUGAACCCUACGGACUUGGUGUUCGACAACCAUCAGUUGUUACUCGACCAACACCAGCUGCUUGCUCUGUCCUUGCCACACCUCCAAGCACAGGCUCUCCAGAAUGCCUACAUGCCUUUGCAGUUGCAGCAACCUUACUACGCGCUGAACGCAGCCGCUGCCGCAGCAGCUGCGAACGCCGCCAACGUCGCCUCGGCGACAUCUCUGGCCGUUUCCAAUCCAGUGAACCCCGUGGCAGCGUCCACCUCCAACUGCUCGACUCUUUUCGUCGCCAACCUCAGUCCCAACGUCAACGAGGACGAACUCCGACAAGUCUUCAAGGCGUUCCCAGGCUUCACGCGUCUCCGUGUACACAACAAGAACGGCUCAUGUGUGGCGUUCGUCGAAUACUUGGAUCUGCAGAGAGCCACGCAGGCGAUGCUCGCUCUCCAGGGCUUCCAGAUCUCGUCGACGGCUGAGCGUGGCGGCCUCCGCAUCGAGUACGCUCGCAACAAAAUGGCCGACGUCAACGGAUAA